AGAACUCUGGGUAAUGUAGUGUUUAUGUGUUGUUGUGUAGUCAUCACCUUAGCUGUCGAUGCUACAGUGACUUGCAGCUCAGUGGAUGCCUCAGUCCCUCAUCAUGAUGAAUGGAAAGACCAUCAUAGUGACCGGGGCCAACAGCGGGAUCGGGAGGGCCACAGCAGCCGGCCUCGUGAGGCUCCAGGGCCGGGUGAUCCUGGCCUGCAGGGACCGGUGCAGGGCGGAGGAGGCAGCCCGGGAGAUCCUGCAGGAGACCGGGGCAGACUGUAGUAAGCUGGUCGUGAAACAGCUGGAUCUCGCUUCGCUCAGAUCUGUGCAGGCUUUCUGUGAAGACAUUAAAAAGGAGGAGCUUCGGUUAGACGUCCUGAUCAACAACGCCGGUGUCUACCAGUGUCCUUACACCAAAACAGAGGACGGCUUUGAGAUGCAGUUUGGAGUGAACCACCUGGGCCAUUUCCUGCUCACGCACCUUCUGCUGGACCUCCUGAAACAGUCCGCACCCAGCCGUGUCAUCGUAGUAUCCUCUAAGCUCUACAAGCACGGACACAUCAACUUUGAAGACCUGAACAGUGAGCAGAGCUACGACAAAGCCUUCGCUUACGGUCGCAGCAAACUGGCCAACCUGCUGUUCACCCGUGAGUUAGCCCGUCGCCUGGAGGGCAGCGGAGUCACGGUGAACGCUCUGACUCCCGGCAUCGUGAGGACUAAUCUGGGGAGGCAUGUGCACGUCCCGGUUUUAGCUAAGCCCCUCUUUAACCUGCUUUCCUGGGGCCUGUUUAAGAGCCCAGAAGAAGGAGCUCAGACUUCAGUGUAUCUGGCCUGCAGCCCGGAUGUAGACGGCGCGCAGGGCGAGUGCUACGCUGAUUGUAAGCGUCAGGUUCUGCUGGACAAGGCCACGGACCAGGAAGUGGCCCGUAAACUGUGGGACAUCAGUGAGGUCAUGGUGGGCAUAACCACAUGAUAUCUCAAAUUAAUUUAAGCUUCCAAAAUGUGUGAAAUGAAGUGACUGAAGUCCAAAGAAAGACACAGAAUGAUUCGUGCCUUGCUCUGUACAACAUCGAGUUGAUGAUAUUUGCACUUGUGUCAAAAAAAUACUGUUUUUAUCUCCACAUGAUCCUCCAUCCAACUCUGCACGACACUGCUGAGGUGAAAUCAAAAGCAGGUUAAUUUAUUAUAAGAUGUUUUUCUUCUGUUCAGAUUACAAAUCAACAUUUCUGUUUUCAUUUAAAGGCUUUUAAAUCAUCCUGAAUCAUAUUAACACUCGUUCAUAGGCACACUUCUUCCUGAAGAGUAUUUUAACUGUUUCUGCAGAAUAACAAACAUAUUUGUAAAAUUAAAAUGCUUAAAAUGCAAAGUUUAAAUCAUUUGAA